CAUCAUUCAAAACACUUUCUCCAGACAACUCCGAAAAGAAUCUGCUUCCACAAAUAGGUUUUUAUUACCAAGUGAGGAAACAUUCAACCAUGGCAGUUAUGGCGAAAAUUCUGCGUGCUACUAAGCCAAGCCUGAGGAGGUCUUCUUCCAGAACAAACCGAGAAAGUGAGGUUCCUAAGGGUCACUUUGCAGUUUAUGUUGGUGAGGGUGAAAAGAAGCGAUUUGUUCUUCCAAUAUCAUACUUGAAGGACUCUUCAUUCCAAGACUUACUUAGUCAAGCUGAGGAAGAAUUUGGAUUUGAUCAUGCAAUGGGAGGAUUAACAAUACCCUGUGCGGAGGCUACUUUGCUUGACAUCAUUUGUAGCUCAAGUUGAUCAUUAUAAAAACACAUAGAGAUGGCUAGUUUAGUUUAGUGAACAAUUCUUUUUGGGUAGAAGAGUUUCUUGUAAAGUUGAUACUGAAAAUAUACUAUUAACUUCAUACUACAACUACCAUUUUGCUUGGAAACUUUUUCGUAUUUGUCUUAUUAUUCACAACACAGUAACUAAAUCUAAU